CCUACCCUGAGCGCUGGGUUGUUGAUCCAGCUAUGGAGGCAGCUGCAGAUCUCCAGGACACAGCUUUGCUAACUCCGAGGUUUGAGUUUAACCCGAAGUUGGGCAUUGAUAAUCCUGUCCUGUCCCUGGCUGAAGAUCAUGACCCCUCUGAUCUCUGGCGCCUGGAGCGGCCUCGCUUCUGUCUGCUGAGUAAAGAGGAGGGCAGGAGCUUUGGCUUCCACCUACAGCAGGAGCUGGGCAGGGCCAGCCAUGUGGUGUGCAGGGUGGAGCCAGGCACCUCUGCCCAGCGGCAGGGUCUCCGGGAAGGAGACCGGAUCCUGGGGGUGAACAACCGUGUUGUGGAGCAUGAAGACUCUGAGGUGGUGGUGCGCUGCAUCCGGGCCAGUGGCCCACGGGUGUUGCUGACAGUGUUGGCGCAGCAUGCACACGACCUGGCCCGAGCUCAGCAGGGGAGUGCUGCCCUUCUCUGUCCUACUCUCAGCCCUGGGGUCCGGCCCCGUCUGUGCCACGUAGUGAAAGAUGAGGGUGGUUUUGGCUUUAGUGUCACCCAUGAACAUCAGGGCUCUUUCUGGUUGGUGCUGAGUUCUGGAGGAGCAGCAGAGAGGGCAGGGGUGCCCCCUGGGGCCCGACUGUUAGAAGUGAAUGGGGUCAGUGUGGAGAAGUUGACUCAUAACCAACUCAGCAGGAAGCUUUGGCAGAGUGGAGAGCAGGUGACCCUGCUGGUGGCAGGGCCAGAGGUGGAGGAACAGUGUCGCCAGCUGGGAAUGCCUCUGGCUGCACCCCUGGCAGAGGGCUGGGCCCUGCCCACCAAGCCCCGCUGUCUGCACCUAGAGAAAGGGCCCCAGGGCUUCGGAUUCUUGCUCCGGGAGGAAAAGGGCCUUGGUGGUCGCCUCGGGCAGUUCCUAUGGGAGGUGGACCCAGGAUUGCCAGCUGAGAGGGCUGGGAUGCAGGCUGGGGACCGGCUGGUGGCUGUGGCUGGGGACAGCGUGGAGGGGCUGGGUCAUGAGGAGAUCGUGUCCAGGAUCCGGGCGCAGGGCUCCCGUGUCUCCCUCACCGUCGUUGACCCUGAGGCUGACCGCUUCUUCAGCAUGGUUCGUUUGUCCCCGCUCCUCUUCCUGGAGAGCACAGAGGCUCCUACCUCUCCCCUGAACACCUGCUCAGCCUCUCCGGUUGAGACCAAGGACCCACCAGUUAAAGACACAGCUGUGCCUCCUGUCCCAAGUGGCUCCCGCCAGUGCUUAUUGUACCCUGGGCCUGGCGGUGGCUAUGGCUUCCGACUCAGCUAUGUGGCCAGUGGGCCCUGUCUCUUUAUCUCUCAGGUGACUCAAGGAGGCUCAGCUGCCCGGGCAGGGCUGCAAAGGGGAGAUGUGAUUCUGGAGGUGAAUGGGUUUUCUGUGGAUGGAGAGAAUGACCUGGAAAGGCUUCAACAGCUGGCUGAGGCUGAGCCACCUCUGUGCUUGAAGCUGGUGACCAGGUCUCUGCAGGACUUGGAAGCAUGGAUUCCCCCAGAGUCUGUAGAGGAGUGGACUGGAGCCUCGGAGCUGCUCUAGUGCUGCCCUCCUGGCACAGACCUACCUGGUAGCUUUCCUGUCUUCACUUUCCAGCCGGAGGUGGUAGGAGCUGAACUCUUUAAGCCAGAAAUGGGACCUCUAGGACUCUGGACAAUCACAGGCUGGCCCAGAGCCUCCCUUCCUUCCUUCCCACAGGCCCACCUCCCAGGAGAGGGUGUGGUCAGAGGCCUCAGGUGGGCC